AUGGGACGUGAGGAGCAAGGAAGGACUUGGUGCAUGGACAGCUCAACGCGCAUGCUUAGGAUGAAGAAGGAAGCCAUCUUGAAGCCAGCUCGACCCAUCUACUCGACCAACCGGUCGAGUUCUCAACUCGACCGGCCAAGCAACUCGAUCGAGCUGGAGUCAAUGGUCAAACCCGAAAAAUGCUACACAACCACUAUCCAUGGUGUGUUGAUCAUAGGCGAUUUUCCUCAUGGAAUGAUGGGAAAUCGCUUGAAAAGGUCCACUAAGAGCUCCAAUAUGCUUGCUCUCGAAAUGGAGUUUAUAGGUGUUGGAUGGGUUAGUUUGAGCAAUGAUCCUACUGCCUCUAAGGCUUGA